CUCUCUAUUUUUUCUUCUUCUUCACAUUGCUGUUGCCUUCGGUUGGACCGUAGUGUCGAAACUCGACCCUACGGAUCGGAUCGCCUUGCUUUCGCUAUGCGACGCCAGCAUUAACUCUCCUGGACCAAUCUUAUUCGAAACAGUCUUGGUAUCAUGAUAAUACACCCCGGCGGCCCCAUAGUUUGGUAAUAGUAUUCCAGUUUUGCCAACAAUCCGGUGACCAACAACGUUGUGAUUUCCGGCUUACGGUGCAGUUGGGCUCUUCGGUCAACAUGCCCGGCAUUGCUGGCACGUCUCCCGCCUCACUAGAGCACUUGGGCCGGCCGCUCUUCAGGGCCCACAAGGCCCUUCCCCGAAGGCCAAAUGGCGAUCCAAGUGUACAUGUCAUCCACGCGUCUCCAUCUGACCCCAUCGUUGACACUUCAAAUGGCGGUGCUCACGCAACGGCGCCCACCCUUCCUUUAACACCCCCUGGUGCUCCUCCAGAUGAAUCCCCAACUCCAACAGAGCGGGAAAUACAAAAGCUCGCCUCGCCGCACUCCAUGUCUGGAACAGUGACACCUUCAAAACCAUCGCACCCACCAACCCCCGAAACAACGCCGCCUCAACUUCCUGCCACGACGCUUCGACCGGGAUUUGGCGGUCAAUUCCGGCAGGCUUCUUCCUCGUCGCGUGCGGAGUCUUUCCAAACAGCAUGCGAAAUGAUCUCCGACGGUGAGACCGAGACCCCUCACCGGUCGUCCCCAUCGUCGCGUCAGUCGACCAGGCAGAGGUCACUGCAAAAGAGUGUUCAAUCAGAACCCAAGAAUGCCAGGCCGGAAGAUACCACAUCUGUCGUUGACCACUCCGAUGCCCUCUUAUUAAAGCCAUCCCGGUACGAAGGUAUUAACGGGGAAUGGGCAACGGAGAACACCGACAGAUUUGCUGCAUCGCGUCAGAGGCGUAGGCGCUCAAGGAACCAUUCCUCCGAUACUCCUACCGCAAACGUGCCGGAACAGCCUCAGAAUACGUAUAGCACGAGUGCGCGCGACCUGGAAGUCCCACGAACACGCGAGAGGAAUGUACGCGUUCGAGUCCGGGAUGCGCAGGACACCGGCGCCAGUCCAUAUCCAGAACAGUAUUCUGAAAAGAUUGACUGGAAUACCCCAGAAGGCCGAUCGGAUUCCUGCAACAACGAUGAUUCUCGCCGAUUCUCGGGCGUAUCCACUUCCUCCACAAUCGAGGUGAUGAUUGUUGACACACCCGAGCCGUAUAAACCCUCCCUUCGCCAUACAGAAAAGAGGGUUUCGCUGCGUUCGACCAGCUCUCCUAUCACCAGGUCAGAACGUGGAUCCCUAGUCUCGAACCCAGAUUCGCAGCACCGCUUGAUUCACAAGGCUGCUCGUAUCUCAGAAAACGAUCGCAGAAGUAUCGCAUCGGAGAUAUCCAUCUCUGAGAGCUCAACUCAGGGUGGCCUUCGGCAGCAGGUGGAGGUCGUUCCGGUCGUGGUGAUUCCGGAGCGGCAUUCAUCUUUAAAAUCCUCAGCCUCGACCAGCAGAAAGCCAUCCAACGCCAGCUCUCAGCCAUCGAGCCGCCGAACACGGACAAGAUCGGGGAGCAGACCCGAGUCGCUUGAUCGUCCUCCUCAAAAGAGACGUACUGUGUCAAAUUCAAGUGCGCCCGCCCAUCAGGACACAGACUCCCGGGGUCGCAGCAUUGGUCGGCCCAUUAUCCCUCCACGCAGCUCGUCAUUAUCCGCGCCGACCAGCCAGAAUAACUCACGAGCCACAUCCCUUACAUCAGUGAGCUCGCGCAAUUACCCGUCGGCGGUGGAGACCGAAAAGCAAAACCAGCAGCCGGAGCCACCGACGCCUGAGCCUAUGAAGGCACCCCAAGUAUGUGACCGAGCUGAUGUACUGAAGACUCAAUCUAUUCUUAUCGGGGUAGAGGACAUGGCCAAUCUACGCUCACCGUCAGGGGCUUUCACGCUAGGGUCAAUCCCGUCGUCAUCGCCAGGACUAGUGGAGAUUAAUGAAGCUACCCUGGUGCCUUUCUUUCCACACAACAAUGAAUCUCUACUGCUGGUCGACCCACAGCACCGGUCUGGACCUCAAGGGCUCGCAAUUCGGGUGGAAUUCCAAGGCAGUCCGGCAAAGCCAGAAUUUCCUCAAAGUCCAGGACAGGGUGAGGUAGACUCCCCACUGCAGAACCCGCGCCAGCCACCGAAUCCUCCAGUGUGUAAGAUCAGUCCACCCACCCCGGUGAGUGAGGCAGAUCGUGAGCCUGAAAGGGGCACGGGAAAUGGGGAGACGGGCGAGCAGCCCCCUCGCCGAUUCGGGUCAGUUCGACGUCCGUGGAAGCUCCGACCUCGUUCUGAUUCCUUUAACUCCAUCGCCCGAUCAUUCUCGGUGACGUCGGCGAAAAACCGCAUGGCAGGGAAAGAUAUCGACGGCAAACUCCACCCGUUCUGGAGGCCUCGUCGGUUCUGGGAAGAUACAUCGGAAUCUGAAGACCAGUCCCCUCGCGAACAGACUUUUCGUUCUCCCGCGUUGGAGGCCGACCAAGUCAUUAGCAACUCGUUGGGGAUGCCUCAACAGCGGGUUGUGUUUCAAGGGCCUCCGAUUUCUCCUCGCAGUAUUGACUCGAAACGGUCUUCCGAUGAGGCGGCUUCCCGUCGCCAGGCCCGCGACAGUCUCGUGGGCAGUCGAGUAUUCAUGCCUGAGGCGUUAUAUUCGCAGACUUCUCUUCACCAGCGACGAUAUCGCUCCCUCUCAUGGUGGCGAUUGCGGCUUCGGUUUGGUUCCGUGCGCAGCUUCCGGAAGCGCUUGAGACGCAGCUGGCAGCAGCGUGCCGAGGGCAAGCGAGAGGCCCGACGUGAGGCACUGAAGCAGAGCAUUGGUGAAGCUGUCCUCGUGGACUCCAGCACGCAGACGCGGAGUAUGGUGCGGUAACUUUUACGAUAUGAUCGAUGAUGCACGAGUAAGACCAGCACGACACGACCAAUAUGAUGAAUGACGACCACACAUGAACGAUCUAUGUCUCUUUUCUUGUGCUUUAUUUGUUAUUUCCUUUAAGAUGUUGAUCUUUCUGUUGCAACUAUAUUGAUGCUUGAUGAGUCACGAAUGAUGGACCCACGGAACACGAGCUCCAGCACGAUGAUUAUUCGGGCGCUGUGAUACUUCGCAAGAUGUGUGUUCUCUGUAUCAUACGCCUACUUUGAUGAGAUUAUAAAUUUGCCCUUUCCGAGACUUACAAGAUAACAAUACACAAUCAUAACAGAUAUAUAUAUUGACUCACGUCCCUGGAACUCCGAACCCUAUAUAAAAGAAACAUGAACAAACAAGCAAAUAUCAAAAUGAAGAUAGAG